AUGGGCAAUGUAGCAAUGUGUGCUCCUUCAAUCAUCAGCACCAAUGAAGUAAAAAUCCUCUGCAGCGACGGCAGAUUGCUGGUCUACACAAGGUCACCAAUCAAAGCAGCAGAAAUCAUGCUUGAGUUUCCCGGGCAGUUCCUGUGCGAAUCCGGUCAGCUGAAAGUCGGGCAGCGAGUGCCCGGCGUUUGCGCGGAGGAAGAGCUGGAGAGCGGGCAGGUCUAUUUCCUUCUGCCUAUGGAAAUGCUAUACUCCGUCCUCACCGAGGAAGAGCUCAAGUUUCUGACGCACAAGACGACCAAAGGAAUGAAGCAUGCUGCAGCCUCAAAUUUCUCCAAGAUUUUUCCUGAAUUUAACUGUCUGUUUCCGAGUGGCUCAGACGACAAUGGUGUGGAGGAGUUUGAUGUAGUUGGUGGUGGUGAUUCGAUGCUGCAAGUUGGGAGGUUUUCAAGGCAAAGAUCGUGGCAGCCUGCAUUGGAAACCAUUGUUGAAACCCCUCAUUCUUGA